AUGAAUAAAAAGAGUAAAACUCCUUAACAAUAAUCUUAACCUUAAAAUCAACAAAUAAACCUACCUUCUCCUUUGAUGCAGCCGAUGUCUUUGCAAUCAGGACCAUCUCCAUCUUAACCGGAUACUUCAGUAUUAGAUGAAUCUGGUGGAGAGAGUGUAAAAGUUGCAUUGCGAAUUAGACCAAUGAACUAAUUAGAGUAAGGAAGAGGGGAUGAAUAAUGCAUAAAAGCAAUAUCAGAUUCAAAUUGUUAACUCUAUUAUAAAGGAGUAGCAAAAUAAUUUAGAUUCAAUUCAGUUUUGGAUGAGAGGUGCACUUAAUAAGAAGUGUUUUUGAAAUGCAAUAUUUAAGAAUUGCUAGAUGCUGCUCUGGAUGGAUAUUCAGCCACAAUAUUUGCAUAUGGUUAAACUGGAUCAGGUAAAACUUAUACCAUUUCUGGAGUUGAAGAACGUUUGGCUAGAGAAAAGUAUAUUUCUGAUGAGUCUGAAGGCAUCAUUCCCAGAGCUACUAGAUACUUAUGGUAGAUAAUGGCACAAAGAGCAGAACAAUUCUAUGUGAAAGCCUCGUUUACAGAAAUAUACAACGAAUAGUUGAGAGAUCUGCUAAAUCCUGCUUCUGGGAUCUUGCAUUGCAGAUGGAAUCUAUAAAAUGGAUUCUUUGUUGAAGAUUUGAUGAUUGUUGAAUGCACAUCAUUCUCUGAUAUCCAAGCAGUAUUGCAUGAAGGAAUGAGAAAUAGAAAGUAAGGAUCUCAUGAAUUAAACAAAGAUUCAAGCAGAUCUCACUCAAUAUUGACUGCUUAUUUAAUUGGAGAAUAGAAUAUAGAUGGAUAAAUCGUUAAAAGAUAUGGAAAGUUUUCAUUUGUUGAUUUAGCUGGUUCAGAAAGAUUGAAGGAAUCCAAAUCCUAAGGGGAUAUGAUCAAAGAAACUGGUAACAUCAACAAGUCUCUAUUCACUUUGGGUAAGGUCAUCAAGUCUUUGAGUGACAAAAAGAACAAACUCCCUUACAUCCCCUAUAGAGAUAGUAAAUUAACAAUGCUCUUGAUGGAUUCAUUGGGAGGAACUGCUAAGGCGUUGAUGAUUGCCUGUGUAUCUCCUUCUGCUGCUUAUUAUGAGGAGACGUUGAGUACUAUAAAUUAUGCCACUUCAACUAUGAAUAUCCAAAACAAACCAGUAAUCUCUAUGGGCGAAAAGGAUUAAAUUAUAUACAAUCUCACCAGAGAGCGAGAUUUGUUGAAGAUGGAAAAUCAGUAUCUGAGGGAACAAUUAUAGAGAUAUACAAAUGGAUUACCUAUAGAAAUUCCCAAUUUCAAUGAUAAGAAUGGAUAAAAGAAAUAACUUCCUCCAUUGUAAUCUAGACCCAUUAGUCAUAAUUAAAUUCUCAAUAGUUAACAAAAUGGAUUUGAUCAAUAGGUGAAUUCCAAUAAUAGCAAGAUUGAUUUGCCAGUCAACAAAAUUUUACAUGAGUAUUAAAUGGAAAUCAAUAAAUUAAAAUAAGAAAAUGAUGAAUUGAGAAAUGCUCGUGAUGUUUCUGUUAAGAAUUAUCAUAUUGUUAUGAAUGAAAAUAAUGCCUUGUAACUCAAGUUGGAGAAUUUAGAAUAGAUUUUUAUUGGCAAUCCAAUCACAAAGGGCGAUCAGGAUAAAUCAAAGAUUUAAGAAGAAUAUAUGUCUAGUGCAUUGUUGAUAGAAAAUAGCGAUUUAAAAAAAAAAGUGGCAUCUUUGGAAGAAAAAAAUAUGGAGUUGGCUUAAAUAGCUAGGAAAAAUCUUAAUGGAAAGAGUAGUGACCCGAAUGAUUUACAUGAAAUAGUUUAAUUGAAACAAACAAAUAAUUAGUUAUAAUAACGUGUAGAAUUUUUAUAAGCAAGGGAAAGGGACUUACUCGAAUAAAUUAUGAGAUUAUAAAGACAACCAAAGGCUUAUGCAGGAUUUUGA